CCACAGAUGGCGCUAGUAGACGGCCGCCGGCGGCGGAAGUUGAUGUUCGGCCAUAUUUGACUGCUGUGUCUUUCUUUCUCGGGUUGUGCUAAACGUCAACAGCACACACGUUCCGAUCGCGGAGAAUAUUUUUACGAUUUUCGUCUAAAAUACCCAUCGCAAGAUGCCGCAGGAAAUCAAGGAAGUGAAAGACUUCCUCAUCAAGGCUCGCCGGAAGGAUGCCCGUGCCGUCAAGAUAAAGAAGAACGAAAACAACACCAAGUUCAAGAUCCGCUGCUCCCGGUAUCUGUACACGCUGGUCGUCCAGGACAAGGAGAAGGCCGAAAAGCUGAAGCAGUCCCUGCCACCGGGUCUGCAGGUCAAGGAAGUCAAGUAAGCUCGUUCCGUUCCAUGGAUCGGAGUUUGCUUUUCUUCAUGGGGGAAAUUCUGGGCGCCGCGGAAACUGAUUUGGUCUGAAUGGAAGUGCUGAAUCCGCUAACUAAUUUAAUUCCAUAAUAAAAGAAAGUUAAUCAGGAUAUCGUCACCUGGAAGGUAAAGUUUA